AUGGACGCUGGCUCGAGCCAUGUCGAGUUUCCGCAGGGCAUUAUCUACGAGGAUAACGAGAUGGAGGAUGCUGUCAGGGCUGGAUCGCUUGAGGCGCUGGUGGACAAUCUGACUCGUCCUGAUAAGCUGGACGCGGCGUUCAAUCGGGCUUUCCUGACGACAUAUAGCUAUUUUGCGUCUGGAGAGGAUGUUCUUCACCUGCUCAUGGACCGGUUUGACUGUCUGCCGCCUGAAACGCUUAGUCCAACGAAGAGAGGGGAAUGGAUAAGAGAGACGAAGCCUGUGAUCCAGUUGAGGGUGGUGAAUGUGCUGAGGCAGUGGCUGGAGAGCUUCUGGAUGGAGCCCCCGGGGCCAGAGACACAUAGGAAUCUGCUGAAGCUGCAUCUGUUUGUUUCUGAAUCGAUCUCUAACGAGGCCAGUGCCGGGCAGCAGCUUCUUGCAAUCGUCCAGUCCCGGCUCUCCGGUGGUGAGCGUGUCAAGAGGUCCCAGCCUUCAUUUUCCAGUGCCCCAAAGCCCAUUCUCCCCCGGAAGCUGGACAAGCUGCAGUUCCUCAAGAUCGAUGCGACAGAGAUUGCCCGGCAGUUGACGCUGAUGGAGGCGUCCGUCUUUGCCAAAGUACGGCCAACGGAACUGCUGAACAAGAACUGGCAGAAGAAAGAGAGCGAAGAUGAACCUACGCCUGCGCCGAAUGUGCGAGAGUUAAUUCGAUCCUUCAACCAGCUGUCGAGCUGGGUUGCUGCUGUGAUUAUUGCGGAAUCGGACUUGAAGAAGCGCACGCAGAUUAUAGGGCAUCUAGUCAACGUGGCCAAUGCAUGCCACGAGCUGCAGAAUUACUCUGCUGUGAUCUCGAUCCUUUCCGGCCUCGAAAGCGCCCCUGUCUACCGGCUUGCUCGCACCUGGGCGAUGGUCACAGAGCGCACCUGCAGCAUUCUGGAGCCAUUGCAGGCUCUGACAGCGACUGAUCAGAACUACCAGAGCUAUCGCGAUGCUCUACGCUGCGCAGUCCCGCCAUGCAUUCCUUUUCUCGGACUCUUCCUUAAGGACCUGGUCUUUAUCGAAGAGGGAAACCAGGCCUUGACACCGGAAGGACUGAUCAAUUUCACAAAGUACUCGAUGCUGGCGUCCACCAUCCACGAAGUCCAGCGCUUCCAGCAGGUGCCGUACUGCCUCCAGCCCGUGCCAGAAAUCCAGGAAUAUCUGUCAGCCCAAUUUCAGUCUACCGGCGACGUGCACGAGCUGUGGGAACGCAGUUGCCAGCUGGACCCGCGGGGACGAGGGGAUGGCAGUCGAUCGCGCGACACGUACACCGCAACCGGGGGGAUGACGACGUCAAUGGUGGUCGCAUGCAUGAUCCUCGACGACUGA